CUAAUAGUGACUGAAAAGAAAGAACAGUAUUCUCAAAAAAAGGGAAGAAAAUAGAUAGAACAGUGGCCUAAUUAUUGGUGCCAAUAAGCCGCCAGAAUAGCUAUCUUCAUGCACGAGAUCGGAAGCUCAGCCGGCUUGAGCAAGAUCCAUGGCUUCCGAGCAGACGGUGCACAUGAACGGAGGACAAGGGGACACAAGCUAUGCCCGCAACUCCAGCCUGCAGAACGCUGAGCAGAACAGGAUGAGGCCCCUCAUAGAAGAGGCCAUCGCCGAUCUACUCAGCGCCAGCGCCUCCAUGCCCAGAAGCAUGGUGGUCGCGGACCUGGGAUGCUCCUCCGGCCCAAACGCUCUCGCUCUGGUGUCGAUCGCCGUUGACGCCAUCCGCGGUCAGUGCUUUCGUUCCCGGCAGCCGCCGCUGGAAGUCUGCGUCUUCCUCAACGAUCUUCCAGACAACGACUUCAACAUGGUGAUGAAGAGCUUGGUGGCGUUCCAGCAAGGCCACAGGUCGGUCGUCACCGGUGUUAUACCAGGGUCGUUCUACGGGAGGCUCUUCACCACUGGCUCCUUGCAUCUCGCCUGCUCGGCCAACAGCCUGCACUGGCUCUCCGAGGCUCCUGAAGAACUGAGGAGGAACAAGAUCCCGGCAUACGACAUCGAUGAGCACGUGAGGCGAGGAAGACGGCGUGUGGUCAUCGGAGCCUAUGCGCGGCAGUUCAGGAAAGAUUUCAAGCUUUUUCUUGAGCUGAGAGCCAAAGAAUUGGUUGCAGGAGGGCGAUUGGUUGUUUCCCUUGCCGGGAGGCGCUCUGAAGAACCUGCUGCCGAAUUCACUCAUGCCUGGGAAUCAGUCGUCCUUAUAUUAAGUGAGAUGGCCUCAAAGGGUGUGAUUAACAAAGCAAAGUUUGAUACUUUCUACGUACCGAUAUACGGACCUUCUGAUGAAGAGCUGAGGGAGAUCAUCCAAGCAGAGGGUUCUUUCUCAAUAAGGGAGAUGCAAGUGAAUGAGCCUACAAGCAAUGUGGAAAGCACGCUGAUCUCCCCGAACAAGAUGGCCAGUCUGCUGAGAGCUGGAUUUGAGCCGAUAAUAGUCCAACAUUUUGGGUCGUCUGCGGAGAUCAUGGAUGAAUUUGUGAGGACUGCGGAACGACGCUGGAGCCGGCAGGGCAGCUUGGAAGAGGAGCUGGCCGGAAACCCGAGGGUUAUUUUAGUUGUGUCGCUAAAAAAGAAGAUAUAACGUGUCAGGGCAUCUCGACCCGCAAAUUUGCUCCGGCAGUAAAGGACAAUUUGAAAUUUAAAUAAAAGUCCGAUCCAUAACGCGUGUUGGAUCGCACGAGCGCCGGAUCACAUGUCCGAUCACAUCGAAAACAGACAAGUAUGCUUAAGUUUUACAUAUCCGAUGAUAAAAGAAUAUUCGUCCGACA